CCAUUGAUCCUUCUGGUCAUUCACCAACUUGAUAUAUUUCCUCUGCAAACCUUCAAGUCCAAGAGAAUGCCGCCUACAUUAAUACUGAUUAGACAUGCCCAGGCAUUGCAUAAUGUCGCGCAGGGUAAGCUGUGACACUUCCAAUAAUCAUGCGCAACUCAUGCCGUAAGCUUGGUCAUUCAUGAUCAUCACUUAUUGAUGGUAUCUCAGAUUGGUCUCUCCACGAUCCGCCGCUAUCGGAGCUAGGUGUGCAGCAAUGCGAAGCGUUGAAAACGAGUUUACAAGGACUGCCCCUUGCGAAGGAUAUCGAGCUUGUUGUUGUUAGUCCGAUGAGAAGGACACUACAAACGAUGAAGUUGGGCUUGGGAUGGAAAAUUGAUGAGGGUGUGCCGGUCUUGCCGGAUGCAAAGUGGCAGGAAAACUCCGACAAGCCCUGCGACACAGGCUCCCCCAUCGCCACCAUACAAUCCGAAUACCCCGAGUACAACUACACCUCUGUCGACCCCAUCUACCCCGAGAAGGUAAACCCACCAGACAACCUCUACGUCUUCACUCGAGCCGGCGUUCUCGCACGCGGCCAAGCUGCUCUUGCUGCUCUAUACUCGCGCCCUGAAAAGGUCAUCGCCGUAGUAUCGCACUCCGCUUUCCUUCGCACCUCAGUAUCGCAGUCGCACUACAUGAAUGCCGACUAUCGGAUCUUUGAGUAUACGCUGGACAGUGGGAAGAAUGGUGAGUUCAAGCUGAAGCAGUGGGUGGAGACGGAGGAGAAAGGGGGUGCGCUGGGCUUGAGCCGGAAGGGGCUCCAGGAGAUUAAGCCGACUGAUUUUCCGAAUAAGGCAAAGGGGGAGGAUGUUCCUCAGUUGCCGAAUGACUAGGUGCAAGGGCCGAACCUGAACUUGGCAUUGAGCAAUAUAGGGGCUCGAUGCGCUGAAUGAGAGAUAGACUUGCGGUUACGCGUGUUACAUAGAAGUCGAUCAUGGAGGACCGAGUUUAUGAUUCUACAGUCACAAAAGUACAAUACGCAGCUAUUAUCUCCUCGUGCAUGUAACUAUGGGUAGUACACGCCGGUAGUCAUGCGAGUCGUCAUCAUAAAGUUGGUGACGUAGUUUCUGAUAGCGUUCUGGUAUUGGCAGCAACUUUGUGCGACACAGUAGUCGAUGACUUAGACGUAGGUCAAAGUGAUAAAUAUACGUGUA